AUGAAAAAUCUUCUGGUCUUCUUCCUUCUUGUUGUUGGAGUCUCGGCUUUUCCAGACCCAAUCGAAUGUCGUGGGCAUAACGAUUGCUCAGUCGUUGAGCUAUGCGUUCGCGGAGCCUGUGUCGAGAAGCCUUUCCCUCGUUUCGUCGUGGGGAACGGAUGUAUUACGUAUAACGACUGCUUAGCCAAUGAGGAAUGCGAUCACGGAAAAUGUAUCGGUCUGCAUCAUGAUCCUUUAUCUCGUUUUGUCGCGCCAAAAGCCUGUAGCACCGGAGCGGAUUGUGGAUCCCAAUCGGUUUGUGUCGAUGGAAAUUGUGUCGUCGACAAUGGGUACGGUGGAAAGUGUUCAGUUGGAGCUCACUGUCCAAAUGGAUACAAUUGUGUCAAUGCUCGUUGUGUUCCAAGUAGCCGUCGUUUCGAGAGAACCUGCCAAGUCAGGUGCCCAAUUGGAACAUGGUGCCAGAACACUUCGUGCCUUCCUUUUCCUGGAAAAUAA